UGCUCCUCGGGUCGAAUCCCUGAAGUGUGUGCCGAGUAAUGUAGAUGAGUGGUUCAUGAACCGCGAGCCGAUGCGCGUGUUGACGACUUACGUGGUGACGUUUGUUGCCCCGCGAAGCAGGUGUACCACGUGACUGAUUCGGGAAAUGAUUCGCGAGCAGGUGUACCAGGUGGCUGAUUCAGGAAAGCAUUUGCGAGCGGGUGUACCACGUGACUGAUUCGGGAAAUGAUUCGCGAGCAGGUGUACCAGGUGGCUGAUUCAGUAAAGCAUUUGCGAGCGGCUGUACCACGUGACUGAUUCAGGAUCUGAUUCGCUUGGCUUGAUUGGAGUUCGAAAUAAAAGCGGCCUAGAAACGCGAUGGAUUCCCCUUCACUUUUCGUGUUUUCGAGUCCCUUAUUGCGCUAUUUGGCAUUCGAUUCGACGAGCUUCAUUUUUGCGAUGGAACCAGCAGGAAAAAGGAGAUUUUCCCCUGUUUGGGAGCACUUUGAGCUGAUCUCACCUCAGAAGGUGAAGUGUCUGGUGUGUUCCAAGGUGCUUAGUUAUAAUAAUAACACCUCAACAAUGCUAAGGCACUAUAGGGUCUUGCAUGGGAACGAGGAGACCAACCAGGUUGAACCCGGCUCAGCUGAGAAGGUUGACUUGGCUGAGCUGUUGGUUGAUAUGGUAAUUGAGGAUUCUCAGCCGUUUUCCUUGGUGGACGGCAGUGGAUUCAAAAAGCUUAUGAAAGCUUUAGCUCCUUCCUACGUUCUACCUACACGGCAGACUUUGAAAGCCAUGGUGGAAAAAAGGUACAAGGAAACCAAAGAUAAAACAAAAGCCAUUGUGGCUAAAGCAUCUGCAUGUAGUUUGACAUCAGAUAUGUGGACGUCCAUCAAUACUGAUGCCUAUCUAGCUGUGACAUGUCAUUUCAUUGAUGAAACCACAUCCCUCCAAUCAGUUGUACUGGGGGUGCAACAUUUCCCUGAGGCACACACUGCAGCAAACAUGGCUUUUAUGAAAACCUCGCUAAUGUCAGAGUGGGGUAUCAGUGACAAAGUGACAUGUCUAGUGACUGAUGGAGCAGCAAAUAUGGGAGCUUGUGCCAGAGAGCUUCAUAUGCGUCACACUAUUUGUGUGGCACAUAUGCUAAAUCUUUUGGUGAAAAAAGCUCUUGACCAAUGUCCUGAAUUGUUCCACAUCUGGGCAAACUGUCGAAAGAUAGUUGGUUAUUUUAAGAGCAGCACUACAGCAAAGGAGAGACUGACUCAGAUGCAAGUUCAAAUGGGCCUUCCGGUGCUUAAACUUCUUCAGGAGGUUGAAACGAGGUGGAACAGCACUUAUCUCAUGCUUCAGCGUAUCUACACUUUGAGAGAGCCUGUCGGAGCAGCUUUGGCUGGUCUACGCACUGAUCUGACACCAUUGUCUGCUGAACAGUACAGAAUUAUUGCUGACUGUUUGAAAGUAUUGGAGCCAUUUAACUAUGCCACAAUUGAGCUGUCUGAGGAGAAGAAAGUUUCGGGGUCAAAGGUAAUUCCGCUGUUGUCCAUGUUGCAUCACUCCCUGGAGGAAGAAGAGAUUCGACAGCUUCAAACUCCAGAGAGCACAUCCAUGGUUGAGUUUCUGCAAAGACAACUAAGAGAGAAGCUGAACCAACUCCAGUCUAUGAGCAUUAUGUUUCUGGCUACUCUGCUUGACCCAAGGUUUAAAAAAGUAGGCUUCUUCAGUCCCAGUAAAGCAGCAGAGGCAGAAAAAAGGCUCACGAUGGAAUGCGCAGCUAUCAUGAGCCGCACAGCCUCAUCUACUUCAUCAUCAUUAUCAUCAUCGUCGUCGUCAUCAUCAGAACCUUCCCAGUCUGUUGGAGGAAGCAAACUGUGGCAUUUUGAUGCCUCAGUCCAUCAAGCAAGAACCACAAAUGUCACGGCAAAUGCAACAGUUGAGGUGCAAAAGUAUCUGGGAGCACCAAACAUCCCCCGAGUUGAAAGUCCCCUUCAGUACUGGGAAUCACAGAAAUGUACACUUCCAACUUUAUACAAACUUGCUGUAUCCUAUCUAUGCACCCCUGCUUCAUCAGUGCCAUGUGAAAGAGUUUUUUCAAAAGCAGGUGAAAUUCUCUGCAAAAAAAGAAACCGCCUGAGUCCAAAAACUUUGGAAAAAAUAUUGUUUCUAAAUAAAAAUGAGUAAGCACAUUUUGCCUCAUUUCACAUUUUCACUUGUUUCAUAUGCACAUAGACAAAGUAACACACAAUAAUUCAUGUUAAACUUAAAAUAUGUAUUUUCUUUGUAAUCAGAGCAUGAUUCAUGCACCAAGCAUGUUAUACAUUUUUCUGUCCACAUGAUGGCGUA